AGCUCAGCUCGUCGUCGUAGCAUAUAAUUGCUGCACCCCGAGUCCAAGAUUGGAGCCAGAGCAGCAGCAGCAGCAGCUAAUCCAACUAAGCUUACGGAUCUAUACCUGCCUACCUCGCCAGCCUCCAGCGACCGCCGGCCAUUAUCCAGCAGCAGCAGCUCCAACCCGUCGACACCAGAUAUAAUCUAGUCAUGGAAAACGAACCCGCCUACUCGGCCGGAGGACCCGGCCAUUUCACCACCGGCUACCAGGAUUUCCCGAUGUGCUUCCAAGAAAGCCCGUACGGGCCCUGCAACGUGCAGGAUUUACUGCUGGAGUUCAACGCCGGCCUCACCCACCUUCCGGACCCGUACCCUGCUGCUGCCCGGGACAUCGCCGGCCCUUACCCUUACAUGGCCGCCGCCGACGUCUUCGGGGGCAUGGACAGUGCUCCGCCGGAGCUCAUCCAACCGCCGCAGGUCAACGCCGCCGGGCCGGGCCCGUACCCUGCCGGAGACACCACCGGCCCUUACACGGCCACCGCCGGCAUGGGGGUCCUGCACAUGGCCAUGGAGAGCGCUUCGGGAGAGGCCAUCGCCGGCGCCGGCCUCGCGCAGCCGGACCCUUACUCGGCCGUCGACAUCGACCUUUCCGCCGCCACCGAUAAGGAGAUGGUGCGCCUCCUCUGUGAAAGAUACGAGCACCACAAGAGAGAGGCGAAAGAGGAGAGCCAGAGCCUCAGCCAGCUGGAGGCCAGCGCCGCCGCCGGCCUCGUCCAGCCGGACCCGUGGGACCUCCCCCGCCGGUGCUACGCCGCGAGGAAGAAGUUCGGCUCCGACGAGAAGACACGCCGCGGCUGCUGGAAGGAGAGAGACAGCGAGUUCACCGCGAUCCGUGGCGACCCGUGGCUGCCGCGCGCGCUCCGGUACGUCGGGUUCAGGAGGACUCUGGAGUUCCACACGGACGACGGCACCAAGACCGACUGGCUCAUGCACGAGUACGCCAUGCUCCAUCAUUCCGAUGGCCAUUUGUUCCUCAAGGAGGAGAUCGUGUUGUGCAAUGUAUUCAACAAUGGCAAAGAUGGGGUCCCUUACCCUUCGACGAAUACGGCCAACGAUGGUGAACCUGAGGGUGAGCUAGACGGGAACAAUCUCCCGCACAAUGACCACUGCUUGCACUUGCACCAUGAUGCUGUCGUGCAAAGCGAUCAAGCGCCAUCGUCGGGGACGAAGCGCCCGAGAGCCGAUGGUCCCAAGACCCGCACCACCGGCGAGUCUGGAGUGUGGCAACACUUCACCAAGAUAUACAUCGAAGCUCCCAAGGAGGCCGGGUCGAAAAAGAAAGACUGCUACAGCUUGGUGUAUGCAGUGUGCCAUGGUUGUGACAAGGUGUUCAGAGCUUCUCCCAAGAAUGGCACCUCGAGCCUCAGGAGGCACGCGGCGACUUGCCAGUGCAAGCACAUGCAUGCAACCUCAAGCUAGGGAUCCUUUUCCAUUCUCACCUGUUUCGAAAGGGGAAUUGGGAUAAACUCCAGGAUAUUAGAUGGAGCCAUUUACUCUCCUCGAAACAAGCAACUUCGUCUCUUUGGGACACCUCCGAUGUUUUUUGUACGGAGCAAUCCCGUCCCCCCCUCCCUCCCUCGCGCUCGCUCGCUCUCUCUCUCUCUCCCUCUCUCUCUCUUUCGUCUCUUCGGGACACCUCCAAUGUUUUUUGUACGGAGCAAUCCUCUCCCCCACCCCCCCCCUCCCUCCCUCCCUCCCUCUCUCUCUCUCUCUCUCUCUAAACCCAACCCACCCACCCACCCCCGCACACCAGUUUACUUUGAUUUUCCUUCUCUUGUUUUCACUGGGUUUUUCUCUUUUAAGUCUUUCAGCUCUAGAAUGACUUGUAUUUGGAUAUUUGGUUUGAACACAUGCAUGAAUAAGUCCACUCUGUUCGAGUAUAUGGAAGAGAUAAGAUAGAAUUGGCUGUUGCGGUAGGAUAGAAUUAAUCAGCAUCAAUUGAUUGUAAUUUCCUAGUUUAGUUUAUAUCUCUAUUAUUGCUUGAGAUCCAAGCCACCCAGUAAUGUAUAAAUAGCCCAAGAGGCUCAAUAUGGAUAAUCCAACAUUUGUGUAUUAAUCUUCUCA